AUGCACGAAGACGAGCUGCGAUUCGACGCCAUUUCACCUCAGUCUGAGCAGUCAUCCAUGGCCGCUCGAGUCUUCAAGAUCGCCUCGAUUCCUGGUGAUGGCAUAGGCGUCGAUAUUACCGACGCAGCGGUGCAAGUCCUCCAGAAACUAUCGAGUACCUUUGGGACAUUCAGUUUCGAAUUCAACACACUCGACUGGAGUUCGGAAAACUACAGACAGCGCGGCUUCUACGCACCACAAGGUGGCGUGGAGGGGCUCAAGCAAUAUGAUGCUAUUUAUUUUGGCGCCGUAGGGUGGCCAGACGUUCCCGACCAUAUUUCAUUGUGGCAGAUGAUCCUCCCAAUUCGUACCACGCUCAACCAGUACGCCAACGUUCGCCCCACUCGUAUCAUUCCUGGCACUUUAUCACCUCUCUCCGCAUGUGCUGCGAAUCCUUCACUUCUUGACUGGGUCAUCGUUCGAGAGAACAGUGAGGGCGAAUACUCCGGACAUGGUGGAACAACCCCGUCUACAGCACAUGCUGCCCAUACCGUCGCCACUGAAGUCAGCAUCUUCACUCGUGUUGGCAUCGAGCGAAUCGUCCGGUUUGCGUUUGAAACCGCACUUCACCGUCCACGCAAGAAACUCACAAUGGUCACCAAGAGUAAUGCCCAACGACAUGGGAUGGUGUUGUGGGACGCUAUUUUCUAUGAGGUCGCAAAGGAGUACGAGGGCCGCGUUGAGUUUGACAAGAUGUUAGUUGACGCGAUGACUGUCCGUAUGGUGAACCGUCCCGAGAGUCUUGAUACAAUUGUUGCAACCAAUUUGCACGCUGAUAUUCUCAGCGACCUGGCAGCUGCCCUUUCAGGUAGCAUUGGCAUUGCGCCAUCGAGUAACCUCGAUCCGACGCGUCAAUUUCCCAGUAUGUUUGAGCCGAUUCACGGAAGCGCACCCGAUAUUGCUGGAUUGGGAAUCGCCAAUCCCAUCGGCGCAUUCUGGAGUGCCGCUGAGAUGGUUCGCUGGUUGGCAGGAUCGGAUGGUAAUAGUAACAUUGUUGGCCUGGUCAGCGGCCCUGGUGUCGGUAACAUGGUCCACGCAGCUGACUGCUUGAUGAAAGCCAUCGAGAAUGUCACGCAAGCGGGAAUAAAGACACGGGACUUGGGCGGGGCAAGCACAACGAAGGAAGUUACAGACGCUGUCUGCAUAGAAAUCGGUCAAGUGUAUGCGUCCUCGCGAUAA